AUGACGAAGCUCGGCGUGGACCAUCCAGACACGCUGAUGAGCUUUAAUAACUGCGCUAUAUUAUAUAUGCACCAAGGCCGGUGGAAGGAGGCCGAGAGGCUCUUAGUGCAGGUCAUAGAGACUCGCGAAACAAAGCUCGGCAUGGACCAUCCCGGCACUCUAACAAGUAUAGCCAACCUCGCAUCGACGUAUGAGAAACAGGGCCGGUGGAGGAAGGCUGAGCAGCUCCAGGUACAGGUCCUAGAGACGAGGAAGAUAAAGCUCGGCGCGGACCAUCCCGACACUCUGAUGAGUAUGGCCAACCUCUCGUCGACAUAUCAGAAUCAGAGCCGAUGGAAGGAGGCCGAGCAGCUCCAGGUACAGGCCAUGGAGACCUGCCAGACGAAGCUUGGUGCGGACCAUCCCCUCACACUAGCGACUAUACACAAUCUCGCAUUCGCGUUAUCGAAUCAAGGCCGGUGGGAAGAGGCCGAGCAGCUCCAGAUGCAGGUCCUAAAGACGAGCAAGAUAAAGCUUGGCGUGGACCAUCCUGAUAGGCUAUCGAUCUUAAGCAACCUCGCGUCGACUGUAUGGAGGCAGGGUCGGCGGGAGGAGGCCGAGCAGCUCUUUGUUGAGGUCAUGGAAACCCGCAAGACGAAUCUCGGCGCAGACCAUCCCAACACGUUGAAGAGCAUGGCUGAUCUUGCGUUCACGUGGAAAUCUUUAGGUCGCAGUACCGAAGCCAUCGAAUUACUACGGGCCUGUUCAGCCAAGCAGGAACAAAUAAAUACUCAGGCUGAAUCAUCCGAAAACAUUUUAUCUUGUUCUGAAACGUUACUGGAAUGGGAAAGGGAGGUGUUAAUGCUUAAGUAG